AUGCCAUUAACAAAUCGAAGAAUGAGCCAAUACUCAAUAGAAACAGUAUCACUCAAGUAUUAAUCUAUUUUACUAAUGCUUAAUUCAGGAGGACAUACAAUUGAUUUUGAAGGAAUCUUAACUCAAAGAUAGUCUGAAGAUAAAUUAUUGAUUGUACCAGAGGAAUUAGGUGCUCAAGUUCCUCCCAGAGUCGAAUUCGAGGUUCAUACCACUCAGAAUAAGGUGAAAAAACUAAAAACCAUAAAGAUGGCUAAAUUGCCAACGAAAACAUAGUUUAUUUUGGAGUUAAGUGAAAAUAGCGAUUAUAGAGAAUUACUGGCUUCUAUUGAGGAUUUAGAAAGGAAUGAGUUGAAAAAGGCCAAAGCUCGAUUGCUGAAGAUUAUAGGUAAUUCGAAAGAAGGAAUAAAUGAAGCUUAAACAAAAAUUGAAUAAAAAUAGUCUUCAGUAAUUUGCAUUUAAGCAUUUUAUUACUUGAGUAAAGUUUAACAAUCGGAAGGACUUAUUGAGGAGGCAGUUGCAACACAAAAUAUGAUUUUAUAAAAUUUCGACAUUGCUGAUCUCCAUAUUAAAGGGCAGUUAAUGUUGAGUUUGGGAAAUUUAUAUCGAAUCCUACUCAAAUUUUAGGAUGCAGCAGAUAAGUUUUACCAGGCUCUAAUUUUGUAUGAGAGACUCAACUGGAAAGUGCAAUAGGCGGACUGUUUAUUAUAGUUAGGGAUCGUUUACGCACUUAUCAAUGAUUACGAAUCGGCUAAGUUGAUUACCUAUGAAGCCUUAGAAAUCUACAGGGACAAUAUCAUAGAGAACAAUAUUAAAGUUGGCAAGGCGUAUUAUGCUUUGGGAAAAAUCUUCUAUUAUUCUAAAGCAUUUGAAGUGGCUACUGAAUAUUUGUUGAAGAGCCUUAAAAUACAUACUGAUUUUUAUCAAAAUGAUUAUGACUUUAACUUUGUUUAAAUUUAUAAUCUACUUGGGAUAGUAUACCAAGUUCAACAUCAACUAGAAAUUGCCAUAGAUUACUACACUUUGGCAGUAAGAUGCUAUCGAGGAACCUUCGAUGCCUAAUUAGGAUAGAUAUUGAAUAACAUAGGAGUAGCAUAUCUUGGUUUGAAGAAAAAUGAGUUAGCUAGCGAUUUUUUUAAUAAUGCUGAUUAAGUUUACAGUAUUUACUUUGAGUAAACUAACAAAUUAAGAAAAAGAGUCUAACUCAACCUUGAAUCUGUUAAAUUAUGA